UUCCGGCGAGACGAAUCACCCAAAAGCACAUGGAAAAGCUUCCUACCGUUGCAGACGGCUCAAUGCAAACAUGAAAGUGUCCAAGUUUCUAGUUUCAUUGUUCCUUGCAGGCUUGCUGUUGGUUGCCUUUGUGUCCUGUGAUAAUGAAGAUGACGAUGAGGAUACUGAAGCAGAUGAUAAUGAUGCAGAUGAGGAUGGAGAUGACGAUGGUGUUUUGGUCUUGACUAAAGAUAACUUUUCAGACUUUAUCAAAGACACUGAUACAGCACUUGUUGAAUUUUAUGCACCAUGGUGUGGCCAUUGCAAAAGUUUAGCCCCAGUAUAUGCAGCAGCUGCUAAAGAACUGAAAGUGAGUGACCCUCCUGUUAUACUGGCAAAAGUGGAUGCAACUGUAGAAACUGAUUUGGCACAGCAAUAUGAUGUUACUGGCUAUCCAACUCUAAAAUUUUUUAAACGUGGCUCUUCCUAUGAUUAUGAUGGAGGUCGAGAUAAAACAGGAAUUGUGAAUUUUAUGAAAGUUAUUGCCAGUCCUGAUUGGAAACCAGAACCAGAAGCAGUAGUGGUACUUACGCAGGAAAAUUUUACUGAGGUAGUCAGCCGAGAAGAGCUCAUGUUGGUUGAGUUCUAUGCUCCCUGGUGUGGUCACUGCAAACAGUUGGCUCCUAAAUAUGAAAAGGCAGCAAAGCAGUUAAGGCAGUCUGAAUACCCAAUCAUACUGGCUAAAGUUGAUGCCACAGUUGAGACAGACCUGGCAGCUCAGUAUGGUGUGAAUGGCUACCCAACACUAAAAGUUUUUCGUAAAGGAAGGCAGUUUGAUUACAAGGGUCAGCGUGAAACUUAUGAUAUAAUAUCUUACAUGGAAUCUCAGAGGGGUGAUCCAGCCAAGCCAGUUGUAGGCUUGAAAGCACUAAAGGCUUUCUUGAAAGAAGAUGACAUUAACGUGUUAGGUAUCUUUGACAGUGAGACGGAUCCACGCCUGCAGACCUUUCAGGAUUCCUUGCAAGACAUCAGGGAAGAGUACAGAUCUGGUUUUACCACAGAUGAAACUAUAAAGAAUCAUUAUAAAGCCAACUCUGGUUCUGUGCUUGUGAUUAUUCCAGAGCGAUACUACACCAGUUAUGAACCUAAAUGGAAGGUGUUCGAGAUCAAGGAAGACACCAAACCAGAUGAAAUCACAAAGUUCAUUGUUGACAAUGAGUUCCCACUAGUAGGCAGCAUGGAUAGUAACAAUCAGGCCCGCUAUGCCAAGCGCAGCCCUCUGUGUCUGUUCUUUUAUGAUGUAGACUGGGGCUUUGACCAUAGAGAAGCAACCCAAAUGUGGAGAAAGAAAAUUGCAAGCAUUGCAAAGGACUUCAGAAAUAUAACUUUUGCUGUUGCUGACGAGGAGAAAAACAUGCAGAUGCUGAAAGAGCUAGGGCUGGAAGAUUCAUCAGAGGAAAUCAACAUUGGUAUUCUGGCUAAUGGCAAAAAGUACCCCAUGGAACCCAUGGAAGAGUUUGAUCCUGAUGAAGUCAGAGAGUUUCUGAAUCAAUUUUUAAAAGGUAAAGUUGAGCCUCAUAUCAAGUCUCAGCCAGUACCAAAGAAACAGGAGGGUCCAGUAACCAUAGUAGUAGGUAAAAGCUUUGACAAGAUAGUCAAAGACACAUCAAAGGAUGUCCUUAUUGAGCUGUAUGCUCCUUGGUGUGGUCAUUGUAAAAAAUUAGAACCUGUCUACAAAGAUUUAGCAAAGAAGUUAAAGUCUGUCAAAAAUCUUGUCAUAGCCAAGAUGGAUGCCACAGCAAAUGAUGUGCCCUACAACUACCCAGCUGAAGGGUUCCCUACAAUUUAUUUCGCUCCUACAAACAACAAGGACAAGCCACUAAAAUAUGAAGGAGGACGUGAACUCAAAGACUUUAUUUCAUUUUUGAAAGAAAAGGCAACAGUGUCCUUAGGAAAGAUAAAGAUGAAUUGUGAUUGUACAGGUUUGUUUUUUUUUUUUAAAUAAGUUUUUUCAGUUCUUCCUGUUCCUUAUAACUAAGAAUAACUAGAAAAGUACAAAUGAGUUCAAAGGAUGGGAAAAAAAUACCAAAUAAUUUUUGAAACUGUUCCCUCAAAAAUUAUGUUUUCACAGGAUAUAUUUUUCAAAUUGUUUUGGAUAGCUCAUCUCUGGUAUACAAUAGUGUUGGUUACUUAAAAAACUUUUGUUAAGAAAAUAUAUUUUAAAUAUAGAACAUGAUCAGCCAGUGUAAAAAUGAAAUCAAGUGCAUGUUACAUUGAAACUUGUUUGAUCACCUGAAUCAGUGAUCCCAAGAAAGGGUGCAUGCCAAAGAUUUGUGAAUGUUUUUUAGUGUCUUACUAAUUAUUUACGCCCAGAUAUCUGGUAUACUUAUGAUUGUGCCAAAAUUUUUCCCUAAAUCAAAGAUAAUGCUACAAAAGAAGGUUUAGGACGUACAAGAUGACCUAAACAAAAUUUCAUAUUUGUGUUUGAUGCCUUCUGUGAGCUCAGUUUUUAUCCUGGGACAAGGUUGAAAAAAGGCUUUUUGAAAAUUCGCAUGCAAACCAUGGGUCUGUGGUUAGUGUUUUUCUUACUUCACUGAUAAUGCACAGAACAUUUCCAGGAGACUUGACUUCCUUCUGUGACAUAGAACAACUGCUUCUGCUGUUUAUGGUGGGUUAAAAUCACUUUACUAUCUUGGCAAAAAACUUAAAAGGUUACUACUUUUAUCCUUGGCUGCCAUUUUUCAGUAAAUGGUCUAUGAAUGAAUGAGAAAUUGUGUUUUAAUUUUUCAGUGCCUUAUACAAUUAACUAAAUCUUGGGCUCAUGUUAUCAUUCAUUCUUUGCCUUUUCAACUGGAAUUUUGUGUUACAAUAUGAAAAUCAUGCUUAUGGCCAGUUAAAUUUUAUUCAAAAUUUAGCUUGCACAAUUUUUCUGUUUUAUCCCCCAAUAUUUUUCUUGAAAAUAUAUUAUCACUCUUGGUGGUCUGGUACAUAAGGUUAUAUGAUUAGGCUGCAAGGUGUUCCUUACUACUUUUUCCUGUUGUUUGACAGCUAACAUGAUUAUUAAACAUAUAAAAGAUGCAUUGUCAAAAGAGAUCAGCUAUUUUAAGUAAAAACAGUUGAAUUUCCAUUUUUUAGCCCCCCCCAAAAAAAAAAUAAAUAAAAAAAAUUGAUAUGCCCACUAACCAAACCCCAGUUCAAAUCUGACCUUAAAGAAAAAAUCUGAGCCAACACCCAUCCACAACUUUGAUUCACCAUACACAUGCCUCUGUCAGUUAAAAUGGUGUACAUGUCAGUUCAAGUGCAGCCCAAUGAGGUUACUAGCUAUCCUAGAAAUCUCCAUUUUUACUCAGGGGCAUAGAUCAUAAUUGUAAAACAUGCUCUUUGUAAUGUCAGUUUUUUGGCACGAGUAUGAUUUUUGCAGAAGGAUGUUAAUGAAAUAAUCAGCUCUUGACAUACCAGUCUUGGUACACAGUAUUGUUUUUGUUGUUGCUUUUUUUUACCUGUAGCUUUCACAUUUUGAAAAUAACUGCUUGACCAUAUAUGUAAAUGUAGAGAUUAAUAUAAAAGCUGUCAAACAGGUAUGUGUAUCCACAAUCAAAAUAUUUCAAUAUUAAACACUAAACCCUGAAUAUGUAGGACAAAUGAAAAAUCUGAAACCCAUUAUUUUGAAGAAUGCUUUUGAGUUAAAUAUCAUUUAUUGUUUGGGCCUCGUACAAAAAAAGAACUGUACACAGUUAAUAUAAAUACAUGGAAAGGUUUGAAGUGAAAAUAAUUAAAUCUACACCAAAACUUUACUCCAACCUAUUCACACAGGAAAAGUGCAAAAACCAGAUGAAAAUGAGCUGUUAAGUUACAAGGGUGUGAGUGACCUUUGUACAGUAAAGAAAACCUACUCACUUCUGUACAACUGCAUGACUCAAAAUUCGGCAACCAAGCUUCAGACACAAAGCUUACAAAACUGGGAGUAAAAUGCGAAGGGACAUAAGAGUUAUGUUGUGGGACAGCAUAAAUGUUUAAAAAAAAAAACCAAAAACAAAAACAAAGUCCAGUGAGCAUUAAACACUCAUUUCUUGAUCACAUGUUCUAGAACAUAAAAACAUGAAUCACAAAUUUUGGAGGAGACGAAAACUUAAACCAGCUGAUGAUGAAUUUGCUCAUAGAGCUAGUAGCAGCCUCCUGCCUUAAAGCACUCAUUCUCUUGACAACAUACCUGCACACAUUUUCUCAUUUGGCUCAUAAGCUUGGCUGCAAUUCAUGUCUAGGUUGUAACUACCUACAGGCUAGUGAAGCUGAUAACCUGCCCUGCAAUAUGCCUGCCUAAUACUAGUGUACGUGGCCUCAGACCCAUGUGGCAUGAAGUGUCUAUGUUGGAGCACUGUAGUACAUAACAGAGGUUAUCUGCUUGACUAGGUUACAUCAAUUUCUGCCCAAAUAUGUAAUAGGUCAGACUAUGCAAAUUCGACAAACCUUGUUAAAUUCAUUGCCCUUUCCACAACACACUCAUACCUUUCAUAAUGCAGGGGAAAAGUUUAAAAAAAAGGAGGGGGAAUACGACAUAAAUCUGUUAAACUAGCAGUUGUUGACAUCAGUUAGAAAAGUACCUUGAAAAAUCUUAUCUGAUUUUACAUAAGCAGGUACGUAUUUUAAUAUGCAACAAGCCCAAGGAUUACAUGACUUUUAUAGCAAGGGCUUCACAAUAACAACUAAGAAACGGACACACGAUUCCAAGCAUGCUCUGUGGACAGUGUUCCAGCUGCUUGCCUACUACAUAAUGAGAGGCUGGAGACAACUUUGCAAAGGUAUAAUUUUUUUGGUAACUAAUCCUGCAUAGUUUGUCCACACAAACGUUCAAAUACAUUUUAGCCGUUACAUGUAUCUGAAACUGGGAUAAUGAUGACCUCGAGAUAACAUUUGUACAAAUGGGCUAGGAUGAAGAGGUGGUGUCAUUUACACACUUCUAACUAGAAGUCUUUUAAUAUAUACGAGAAAGCAGUCACUGGGUGCCACUAACCUCAGUUUUAUACCAUAGCCAAAUUGCGGAGGGGGAACCUUUUGGUAUUUUGGUAAAAAAUUAACAACAAAUUCUUAAAAGUGGCAUUCUUAUACCUGAAAUUCACUCACUUCAACAAGCAUAUAAGUGUAUGUAUAUAUGCACACAUGCAGUUUGUAUACUUUAAUGUGCAACAGUCAAUACAUUUGCUGACAGCAAAAUUUCCUCUUCCAAGUGAGCUAAAAAUCUUAUAGAAUGUUCAGAAUACUGGAAAAAAGGAAUGUUAAGCUUGCUAUUUACAAUAUUUUUAUAGCAUACUUCCUGCAUUUGACUAGAUUGCAGGAAUAGCAUGACUCAUGCCUUAUUAUUGUUGCUUGCAUCCUUUUAGUUGUGCUAGUGAAAAUACAAAUAUUUCUUGAGGUCUUCUCAAACCUCAAGAUAAUUUUCUCACUAAUAAUAUUUAAAUGAAAGAAUGUAUCAAUUUGUUGUCCAGCUCCAAAGUGCAGAACAGCUGUAUUACAGCAAGUAUAAGCCACCAAAACUUAACUCACAUAAAACGUCAAUAUUUCUGUUUAUGCAAAAUUGAAAAAACACAGAAUACUUUUUUGUUAUUCAAAGAAUGUUCUCUUUGCAUGCAUACAUACAAAAUAUCCCUUGUGUAAUAGACAUGCUCACAGCAAAUAAUAGCACGCUUUGUCUGGACAGCUUAAGUGUCCAUAGUAACUAUUAAAAAUGCAACAUGCUGUAUACCACCAAACCCAAAAGCAAGAUUAACUGCAUGAAAUAUGUGGUGAGCACCACAGAAAAGCACCAAAUCCUACUGUUGUUUAUGAAAGAUAGUUUUUCUGGUUUCUCUUUAUGGUUUGUAGACUUUGAUAUGCUUUAUAAUAUUCUUAGAAUAGUUUUGGCAGCUCCAUGCCAAUUGGAUCUUUUAUUACUUAAAAAUUUCAGCCAAUAGAAAAUGAAAAGCUGAGAAAACAAACUAUUAAGAACUACAAAAUUUCUAGCCUGGUAUAUUAUCAAGUCAAGAGAGACAGUGAACUGGUAUGCCUGAGUGACAAUGUCAUCAUUUUAAUGGUAUAAAGUUGAAGACCACAUACACAAAAAAUACAAUAAAGGAUAAGAGAUGCAACAGAGCAAUUUUGAUUAGUUCCAGUUAGAAAUUAACAAGUCCCAAAAAUUUAACUUUCUGCAUACUAGUAUAUUUAUUAAUAAUGGGCCACACAGUGCUGCCUAUUUCAGAAUGCUUCACUGCAAAGUAUUCAGAGGGAGAAAUCUGUUUACACAUUUACUGAUUAAAAACAAGACAAGAUUAAAAAAGAUAAGAUGGAAAACUUACUGUCUUUCAUUGUACUUAGGAGGCUGCCUUCCACAGGUUUCAAGAUAAUAUAAAAUUUGUGAUUCUACUUUGCAAAAAAAACAAAAAAAAAAAAACACUUAUAAUGCAAGCAAAGAGAACUGUUCCCUGUUCCUGGACUAUGUGGGAGUGGGACGAUUUUGAGUUAAAAAGGAAAUAAGACCAAAGGCAGGUGAACAGAAUUAUGUCAACUCCAAACCAGUGUUUUUGGUGAUGAUGGAGGAAAAGGCUACAUUAAUGAUAUGGCAUUACUGUCAAACAGUAUUUAUUUUUACACUUGUAUGAAGCUUGUUUUAUGAAACACUUAGAAUUUGGAAAGCAGUUUCUGAGUGACAUUGGAAAAUGGACUUCUUUAAUGAUGCAUAAACAUAUUAUGCCUGCUGUUGUAAAAUAGUGAAACUCCAGCAAGCCUUGGCAAGUGAGAAAAAUAAAAUAAAAAAUACAAACCAUUUCAAACGAAAUAAUUUGCAAGGCAAAGCUGAAGGCAAGAAAAUAUUUUUUUUCUCUUGUGUUCCGAUAAAUAGGAGCUGCCAAAUAUUUCUUGUGAUGUUCAGCAUAAACAAUUUCUUCUUCCCAUUGGUCUGUUCAUGAUGUAUUUAAAAGAACAAUCAUCCCAAGGGGUUGCAGAAAGAUUUUAAAGGUUGUACUGAUGGGCCACAGAAUUUUACGUGGUAAAUGAAUAACUACAAAAAUAACCACACACCAAAAAUAAAGAUGAAACAGCUUGUCUUAAAAAAGUAUGAGCAUGUUUGUCACUGUAAACAGUAUCAAAUAAUAAAAACAGACUUCCUCCCAUGAUAUCAUUGUGCUGCCUGUGAAAAUUCUCCUUCUCAUGUGCUUCCUAUGGAAGUACAUUGCAGAGACAGUGUCAGCUGACCGUUCAGCGAUUCUACUUUUUUCACUUUCAUUAUAUUUCUCUAUGGUCUGUUAAUGCAAGACUUUUAUUGACAGGGAGAGUUUAUACAUAUACUGAAUAUCGAUGUACAUGAAAGACAUUUACUUAUAUGCUGUCUCCAGAACAGAUGACAUCACAUUCUAUCCACAAUUAACACAAUGAGGAGAAAAGGGAUAUUCAAGGCCGGCAGCAUUCACAAACCUGCAAAAUUAAAACUUGUCUUAAACCCUAUCAUUUAAAGAAGAGAACAAAAAUGUGGCAAAGCCCAGACAGCCAAGGACAUUAGCAAAUUACAAAGUUGAUGCUGUAUAAAUAGACAACAGAUUAAUACAGGACCAAGUCAUUUAAGUUCCAUGAGCCCAAUCAGGAACCACUUUUAAUAAAGAUGACUGACAAUUUGACAUGGUUCUGAACUGCACAGGUUUCUUGUGCCUGCCUGCAGUGCUAGCAAUUUCAUCAAUGUAACAAAGGUUUGACAUACUGAUGCUAGAAAACAUGAAGUACUUUAAAUGGAACCAUGUAAUGGGAAGCAAGAUAGCUGGCAAAGCAGCACAGCAUAGACAUUAUUUAUAAUGUGCAUUCUUCUGUUGUUUUGUUCACAACAGGAACAGAAGCAGCUUGACAUUUGACAAGCAAAAUCCAUAAAACCCAAGCCAUGCAUU